GCCAAAGCCACACCUCCUCCCACCUUUGCUGCUGUUGUUGCUGGGGACCCCAGAGGUCCCAAGAUUCCUGCCCCCAGGAAAUUCAAGGGGGAUGACCCCAAGAUUGAUGUGGGGGACUGGACCGCUGGAACCCGGGCCUACCUGAAGGGGUUCCAGUGCCCCGAGCAGCAAAAGGUGGCUACUGUUGUGGGGCUGCUGGAGGGGCCUGCCCAGAAAUGGGCUACCUCUACAGCAARUGCCCAUAACCAGACUUUGGAGGAUUGGGCCCUGGCACUGGGGGCUGACCAGCUUUUGCAGGCCCUGGAAGAUCGCUUUGCAGACAAGGAAAGAGCCCGCAAGGCUGCUGACCGGAUCGUACGCCUGGGUCAGCAGCGGUACAGCGGCAGUCUGCAGGCGCUGUUCGCGGAAUUCGAGCAGCUGACUUCCACCCCUGGAAUGGUUAUGUCUGCUGAUGAUUUGCUGACUAACUUUUGUAGGGCUGUGCCUGAAAAGUUUUGUGUUGCAUUGUACUGCGCCGGUCACAAAGACAGGAGAGCAUUUGGACGCGCAACAUUGGACACGGAAGCUAAGCUUCAUGUCCAGGCUCCCUCCAGUUAUAGGAGGAGAGGCGCCUUCCCUCGCGGUGGUAGAAAGGGAAAGGCGGCCUUUGCAUAUGCGGGAUCUGGGUCAGCCUCUGACACCGGCUCCCAGCCUAGUACACCGCCAGCUGGGACUGUUUCAGCUGUUGUUCCAGAUGUUGCAGCUGUUGUCCAGCAGCUGCAGGCUGCGCUGGGGGCCUUCCAAAAGGCCGGAUCUGCCUCCAGCACAACCUCCAGCAGCAAGGGGAAGAGCCAGGGACGUCGCUCUUCAACCCCUGCCCGGCGCCCUAAUCUGCCACGUGACGUCCACUUCCCARCAGACCCUCUGAACCCCAACACUCUCCCAUGGCAUGAUCUAAAAAUCCAGGAGGGAGUGUGGAGAAGGAGGAAGGAGAGAGGUGUCUGCUUGAGGUGUGAGGGACAGCACUUCCUGAAGGACUGUCCCUACAUGCCAAGCCCAACUCAGUCAAAAAACUGAAGCUGAACCUGGAGACAGCAGUUCCCUCCAGUGCUGCAACUGCAUCUGCAGCUGCAGCAGCUUCAGUUGAGACUUCUUCCUUCCCAUCCAGUGUGGGAGCUGCGCGGGCAGCAUCCUUUACAUAUGAGGAUCCUGACCCGGAUCAGGAACCGGACCAGUCUGAGUGUCAGGCCUUGGCUGCUUUUUUCUUUUAUUUGAAGGAACAAAAGCAGAACAAGUCU